AUGGCUGGGAUAACCAGCACCGUAGGAUUCAACGCCCUUUUCGCCGGAAUCACCAAAAAUUCGUUUUCUCAUUCACCAUUCUCCGUCGAAUCCAAGCUCGACGGUCUUCGUCUCUCCAAAACCGAACUGCCCAUUGCUCGCCGUAGCAUCGCCGUCACUUGCCGUUACGGCGGAGGUGGUGGUGGUGGUUAUCGUUUCUCUGGAGACUCUAGGAGAGGUAGGCCGAAAGAUUCCGAAGUAGAUGAUGCGCUUGAUAUCUCGUCGAUUAGGUCAGCUACUGUUAGGCUAAUCGAUGGGCAACAGAACAUGCUUGGUUUAGUGUCUAAAGACGAAGCUGUUCGAAUGGCUGAAGAUGCUGAGCUUGAUUUGGUCAUUCUAUCGCCUGAUGCAGAUCCUCCGGUUGUUAAAAUGAUGGAUUACAGUAAGUACAGAUAUGAACAGCAAAAGAAGAAAAAGGAUCAGCAAAAGAAAACCACUCGCAUGGACUUAAAGGAGCUUAAAAUGGGUUAUAACAUUGAUCAGCAUGAUUAUUCCGUACGUCUAAGAGCUGCCCAAAAGUUCUUGCAAGAUGGUGACAAGGUUAAGGUGAUUGUGAGCAUGAAAGGACGAGAAAAUGAGUUUAGAAAUAUCGCUACUGAACUCCUCAGACGUUUUCAAACUGAAGUAGGGGAGCUUGCGACUGAAGAGAGCAAAAACUUCAGGGACAGAAACAUGUUCAUUAUCUUGGUACCAAACAAGGACAUGAUUCGAAAACCACAAGAACCAUCCUCGAGAAAGAAGAAAAAAACAGAAGAAAAUGAAGUUUCAGCUGCAGAAACCGGAAUUUCUGCUGCAGAAACUGAAAUUUCAGCUGUGGAAACCGAGAUUUCAGCUGCAGAAAUAACCGCUGCGCCAUAA